AUGUCAUUUAUCUCGUCCAUCGAGCCCCUUAAUGGAGGGAACUAUGACUCAUGGAGAGAGAAGCUUGAGAUGACACUUGCGCUGUCCGAGAUUGAUCUAGCACUGACCUCACCUUGUCCCACUAGACCUGAGGACUUGGUGAGGGGAGAAAAUAAGAUCGAGGCAGCAUGGACCGCUCGACAGCGAGAACAUGCACCGUUUGUAAUGAAAUACGACCUUGAUAAGGCAAAGUGGGAUCAGUCGAACCGCAAGUGCCUGAUGGUGAUUAAGAGCUCCAUUGUGGAGGCAAUAAGGGGAGCAAUCCCAGAAAGUACUACUGCCAUUGAGUAUCUCAGGAAGGUGGAGAGUCAGUUUGCUGGCUCUUCAAAGGCUUAUGCAAGCACUCUGAUUAAGAUGUUAGUCACUGAGAAAUACAAUGGUGGAGGGAUAAGAGAGUACAUACUUCGGAUGAGCAACAUGGCAUCCAAGCUUAAGCCUAUGAACAUGGAGCUUCCAAUUGAGUUUCUAGUUCACUUGAUUUUUGCUUCAUUGCCUAGAGAAUAUGAUUAUUUUGAAGUUAACUACAACUUACACCUAGAGAAAUGGGAUAUUGAGAAGCUCAUUGCCAUGUGUGUGUAA